UUCUCCUCUCCCACCCUUCUCCAUCUUCCCCCACUCCCCUUCUUUAUAUACGUCUGAAAAUUCUCAAAGUAUCAUUAUCAUAUUCUUUCUGAAACUUCCCUGGAAAACUCCUCCGAUUCUUACAACAUAAAAAUUGUGGGUUUCGUUCUUCAUUAAUCACAGGGAUUUGUAUGUCUACAUACAGACCAUGAUUGUUGUUGUUGGCCUGACAUAGUGGGUCAGAACUUGGUUCUUUCUUCGUACAUAGGUUUUGUUCUUAGCUUAGCAGACAAGCAGUUUGAGAUAUAAUUCAUCAACUUCUUGCUAUAGAAUACCCUUUCCUUCAUCUUCCCGAGUGUAUAUAUAUAUAUGAUGAAUAAAGACCACCACCAUAUGUUCAGAAUGAAGUCUGAUGGUAAAGGGUUCUCAUCGCCGCCGGCAAAGGCCGCCGCCGGAGGGUGGGAGGUCAGGCCUGGAGGGAUGUUGGUUCAGAGACGAAGUUCGGAUUCCAAUCAGAAUUCAGGUCAUGUUCCCAACAUCAAAGUCAGAGUGAAAUAUGGGUCAUCUUAUCAUGAAGUUUCCAUCAGUUCCCAAGCCAGUUUUGGGGAGUUGAAGAAAAUGCUGUCGGGGCCGACGGGGCUGCACACGCAGGAUCAGAAGCUGAUUUUCAAGGAAAAGGAGAGGGAUUCGAAGGCUUUUCUUGAUUUGGUUGGGGUGAAAGAUGGAUCGAAGAUUUUGUUGGUUGAAGAUGAACUGAGCAGGGAGCGAAGGUGUUUGGAGAUGCGCUCUAAAGAGAUUGCAGCUAUUAGAUUUGAGGUUGACAAGCUCGCAAAACAGGUGGCAUCUAUUGAAUUGGAAAUUAAUGGAGGGAAGAAAGUUGUGGAGACAGUUCUACUCAACUUGAUUGAACUGCUGAUGACACAGCUAAUAAAGUUGGAUGGAAUUUCAGCUGAUGGAGAUGUGAAGUUGCAGAGGAGAAUGCAGGUGAAAAGGGUGCAGAAGUACAUUGAAACUCUUGAUGUGCUGAAGAUGAGGAAUUCUGGGCUAGGCAAAGUGCAUUUACAGCAGCAACACCAGAUUCUUACUGGGCCCAAAAUUUACCAGAAGCAGCAAGAACAGAGGAAGCAGGUGAAUAAUUUUACUGAGAGGGUGAAUCCAGGGCCUGUAGUGGUAACAACGAAGUGGGAAACAUUCUGAACAAAUCAAUGCAGUUUGCAAAUUACUUCUCAGUUCAAGAAAGUUGCUGUGGUGAUAUGAGUAAAUAUUAGUAAAUGACAGUGCGGUAAUUUUUUAAUAAAUUGAGCUGUUCUUUGCAUGAAAAUGGUAUAUAUAAAUAUGGACAUUUGUUUGCUUCUCCUCGAAAUA